CCUGCUUCUUUGCGUAACCUCUUCCUUACAACCCAUUUCUGCCAGCUCAGUAUGUCUGGCCUUGAGAUUCCAGCGUUUAUUAUCGGCCUCGGUGGUCUAAUUUCUGUUUUUGAGAAGGGUUUUGAAGUAUGGCGUGUCAUUCGAAGAGCCGACGAUUUUGGGGAUGAUGUUGCGGAUUGGAUGUGCAAGUUGGAGAUGGAGUUUCGCUUCCAGACGUGGUGGACAGCUUUGGAGCAUCUUGCGAUCACGAAAAGGUCGUCGCAUUCAGUUCUCAAUGUCCCGCUUCAGUCGUCGCCUUUGCAGGUGACGUUGGAUAAGCAGUUCGGCAACCCGAUUAUUGACGCUGCGGCAAGCGUCUUGAGAUUGCUUGAGAGGAUUGAGGGAAUUCUCCAACGAAACGGCGUAUUGGUUGUCAUGCAAGUAGAACCAGCUGUGGUAGAUCCAGGCGUAGACCUUGGGGAGGCCACUGCGAAAUCGAGACAACGGCUCAAACGCUUCGCGAAUGAACUUCUUAAACAUACACCAUGGACAACGCGGAUCAAACACAGUACAAGUCCAUGGAAAGAGGAAACUGACAAGGCUGCACUCGAUGACUCCCUAGAGUCCAUAAUAUACUGGAAUAAUACCCUCUACAGCAUUCUCCCUCAGAACAUUCGAGACAGUAUCCUCGAGCUCGGAAUCGCGGGCUAUGCUCUGGACUCGCCAGAAAACAUCAAAGACAUUGUCAACUUAUCUAACGAUCGCAAUGGAACAUUGAGCCAAAGUGCCAGGCUCAUGACGAUACGACAGCGCUUCAAAGACGGCGCGGACUUGAGGGUGGACCUCGAUGCUUUGGAAUUGAAAGAGGCCGCAUUCGAGGGUCUCGUCGCAGCGGACGUCUUUAAAGGGUGCCAGUACACAAUCUCCCAGUAUACAUCUCAGGAUGGCCGUAUUUUUCGGGUCCUUAUCGAAUGGAUACCAAUUCCGAAAGACUUCGACGCUUACAAGUUGGCUCACUCUCGCAUGGCACGGAUCUCGUACACUUUACAACAGAUCGGAACAUUCUCAGCGAUACAACCCCUUCCUGCCCUUGGGUUCGUUGAGUUUGGGAGUGCAAGGUCCUUUGGUCUGGUGUCGACUUUGCCGCAGAGCUUGACGUCUUCUACAAAGGUUUAUACACUUUACGAUAUGCUGUCUGGAGGUCAAAAGUCAGCGGCGGGGAGCAAGCCAGGUCAGCGAGUACAGCAUGCUCUUCCGAGUUUGAACCAGCGCCUCCAAUUGGCGUCGAAACUGGUGAUGGGAUUCUAUACUUUUCUUUUGACCCGUUGGCAUCACGAGCGGUUCAAUUCUCUGCACAUCGCAUUCCUCAUAGAUGAGGCGAACACAACCUCCAAAUCACUUGACCUUAGCCAACCUAUCAUCGGAGGUUUCGCAAUCUCACUGCCAGAUUCACCAACCGAGCUAUCCAUCUCAGCGUCGGUAGAGGAUGUCGAAGUCGUUUAUCUGCACCCCGAUAUACGCAAGCGUCUCAAAUCAGGUUCAAAAACAGGCAAUGAACAGCGCUUCCAGCGGGUCCACGAUAUUUACGCUGUUGGACUCUUACUAGCUGAGAUUGGCUACUGGAGACCAAUCGCAAAGGUCGCUGAGUCCGGGUCGAAAGGUUCCAAAGCGGAUUCGAUAUCGCCCGAACAGUUCAAAGACGCUGUUAUUAAGAAGUGUAAAUCAGAUCUUGCCUUCUUCGCCGGGGAGACUUACAGGGAUAUCACGCUGAGAUGCUUACUGGCUGAAACAGUCGAUAUCAACGAGACCCAAGAUUUCGAUCUUAUUUCUUCAACAUGGGGAAACCCAGAUAGUGCUGAUCCGGGCGACAUUGAUGAAUACGGGCCUAUGCAUCGCUAUCCCAUCGCCAUCGAUGGAAAGCUGAUGUUUCUGCCGAAAAACAUCUAUGAAGCUUUAAAGAUGGCCCACAAGGUCGACGAUCCUGUUGAUCAGCGCAAUGAACUCUUCUUGGAGACAGAGUUAAUGACCGCCGUGGAAAACAAUCAUCGGCCAAAAGUACAAAGGUUGUUGGAACAAGGUGCUCAUAUCCAUGCGCAGGAUUGUUUCGGCAAGACAGCGAUUCAUCACGCAGCACAACUUGGCCGCUUUGACAUCAUCAACAUCCUUCUCGACUAUGGAGCGAGUAUGAAAGUGGUCGAUUCUCAUGGUAAAACGCCACUGGAUUACAUCUCAUACACGAAACCAAAGGAUUGGGAAAACGUUGAGGAAAUUGCUUAUAAGAUGCAAAAGACGCCAGAGAAAAGAGAACUUGUUCCUGUUCCUGAGAUUGUUCGAGUCGGGAGACCGAUGUGGAUUGAUGCAAUUUGUAUCGAUCAGAGCAAUUUUGAGGAGCGAUCUAACCAUAGUUCUAUGAUUGCCCAGAUUUACUGCCGUGCUCAUUCUGUGAUCGCCUGGGUUGGAGUUCAGAACGACGAUACCAAGCUUGCGCCAGAAGCCAUUUCAUCGAUACUUCGAGCUGAUAGUAAAGACGUGGAUGAAACCAUGUCUGAGGAAGGUCCUUCUACCACACAUACUGGAUGUUCAUACAUCCCCUCUGAUGAAGAAAGGUCGUCCAUCAUCAAACUUUUGAGACGAUCUUGGUUCGAACGCGCAGAUCUGAUGCAUGAGGUUGCUUUCGGACGAGCAAUCACUGUUUACUGCGGUAUGGAUGCGCUUCCUUUUUCGUGUAUCAUGGAAUUCCUCAGACGAGAAGCAUAUAGUGGUACUUUCCUGCCUUCUGACCUUCAAGUUUGGUCUUUGCUUGGAAGGACAGGUUCAAAGAAACGAAGUUCACUGGGCUCGAGAGGAAGUCAGAAGCGGAUGCGACGAAAUUCGAUUUAUGGAUGAUUUAUUGGGUUCAGAGUCAAUUAGCUUGCGAUUUCCUAUUGAUAUUCUUGCUAUCAUGUUCGAGACUUCUC